UGUUUCACCGUUAUUUUAGAGUCAGUUGCGAAAUAUACGCCAUUAACGUCUUCAUGAAUAAUCCCUUUCAGCAUUCUACUUCUCCUCUGAUCUUUUUUCACCUUUAUCCUAAACGGAAACAGAAGACACGGAGGAACGAUGAGUUUCCGAGAUGAUACCACCGCCGACGACGGGCUUCGGAAGCCCUUGCUGCAUACCGGCAGCUGGUACCGGAUGAGCUCCCGCCAGUCCAGUAUGAUGGGAUCCUCAGCCCAAAUCCUCCACGAAUCUAUCUCCAUUUAUCUUUGUGUUCUUAUUGUUGCAUUAGGCCCAAUUCAAUUUGGCUUCACCUGUGGCUACUCUAACCCUACCCAGUCCGAAAUCACCAGCGACCUUGGACUUACCAUUUCAGAGUUCUCGAUCUUUGGAUCUUUAGCAAAUGUUGGUGCAAUGGUUGGCGCAAUUGCAAGCGGUCAAAUAUCAGAAUACAUUGGACGAAAAGGGACUCUAAUGAUUGCAUCAAUUCCUAAUAUUAUUGGAUGGCUUGCCGUUUCAUUUGCCACUGAUGUCUCAUUUUUGUAUAUGGGAAGGCUGUUGGAAGGUUUUGGUGUCGGCAUUAUUUCCUAUGUGGUGCCUGUAUAUAUAGCAGAGAUUUCACCUAAAAACAUGAGGGGAGUUCUUGGAUCCAUUAACCAGCUCUCUGUAACAGUGGGGAUUAUGCUGGUAUAUCUGUUGGGAUUAUUUGUAAGCUGGAGAGUGCUUGCUGUUAUAGGAAUGUUGCCAUGCAUGGUUUUGAUACCUGGUCUAUUUUUUAUACCUGAAUCUCCUCGUUGGUUGGCUAAAAAUGGGCUGAAUGAAGAUUUUGAAACUUCUUUGCAAGUUCUACGGGGAUUUGACACAGAUAUAUCCUCAGAAGUGAAUGAGAUCAAGAAAUCUGUGAGAUCAUCAACUAAAAAAGUUACCAUUCGGUUUUCUGAGCUUAAGAUACGGCGAUAUUACUAUCCUUUGCUGGUAGGUAUUGGACUACUCGCACUCCAGCAACUCAGUGGAAUUAAUGGUGUUUUAUUCUAUUCCAGUAACAUCUUCAAAUCAGCUGGAAUAUCAUCCAGUAAAGCAGCAACAUUUGGUAUCGGGGCUAUUCAGGUCAUUGUCACUGGUAUCUCUGCAUCACUGGUGGACAAGGCGGGACGCAGGCUACUCCUCAUUGUAUCCUCAUCUGUAAUGACUGCUAGCAGCUUGCUUGUUGCAAUGUCAUUUUUCCUGAAGGAGUUCACCCCUGAAAAUUGGCAUUCAUUCUUUGCAGUAUUGUCUCUGGUUGGACUUGUGGCCUUGGUGAUGGCAUUUGGUGUAGGAUUGGGAUCCAUACCUUGGAUCAUAAUGUCUGAGAUUCUGCCUGUAAGCAUCAAAAGUCUGGGUGGCAGUGUUGCAACUUUGGCCAAUUGGUUUUCAGCAUGGAUUGUUACAAUGACAGCAAAUUUGCUUUUAACUUGGAGUAAAGGAGGAACAUUCGCUAUCUAUGCACUGGUAUCAGCUUUUACGGUGGUUUUUGUGAGGCUUUGGGUUCCAGAAACCAAAGGAAAAACACUGGAAGAAAUUCAGCAGUCCUUCAGAUGAUACAAAAUAAAAUUGCA